AUGAACUCCAAGCAGAUCUUGACUGGAGGAAAUGAGUUUACUGGGCUGGCAGAGACAUGUGGACCCUUCCCUGGGGCAGAAGUGGAAGCUGCCUUGAAGAAGGCUCAACUGUAUGCAGUGCCUGUCACUCUGAAUCCAGAGUCUGCACAUCCCAGCCUUGCUGUCUCUGAUGAAAAGACUAGUGUGACCUGGAAGGACACAUCUAAGGUCGCAGGAGAUAUCUAUAGCGUCUUGGGUCAUGACGGCAUCACACAAGGGUGCUGUUACUGGGAGGUGGAGAUCACAAAUGCAGAUAAAAGUGAGUGGGCUCUGGGGGUCUGUAGCAGAGGUGUGCAGAGGAGGGGCUGGUACCAGGAGUCCCCAGAAAAGGGGUUCUGGGCUGUGGGGAAGUAUGGUGAUAGUCUCUGUGCCCUCACUACUAAGUCUCACAAAUCCCUUAGGAAAAUUCCUCACAGGGUAGGGGUUUUCCUGGACCUCAAGGAAGGGGAUGUCUCCUUCUACAACAUGACUGAUGGCUCCCACAUGUUCUCCUUCUCUCUAACUUCCUCCCCUGGGACUCUGUUUCCAUACUUCAGUUUGAAGACAGGAGAUGUGUCCAUGACCCUCUGCUCUGUGGUGGGUGGGCCUGCAGAGACCCUUGUACCCCUUAACAAUCCUCCUCCUUCUUUGGAAGAGCCUGUGAGCCUCUCAGGGGUGGGAUUCAGCUCAGUCUCUUGUGUUGAUGGUGCUCCCCCAGGGGCUGAAUCUCCAUUACUCCCCUGCAACCCUGAGGCUAUGUUCCCAUAGAGUCCCAACACUGUCCCAGACUCCUCAUGGUGGCUCUUCCUGGCGCUGCAGACUCCCUGGGGUAAUAGCCUCUGAGGUUAGUUCUGGCUGACUUGGUGUCUCCCUGUCCUCUUCUGGGUGCAGACUGCUGGGGUGUGGUUAUGAGAAUAGUCAGUUCAUGCCUUAUGCUCAGGUAUUAGAAGAUAAAUGUUGACUGAGCUGAUAUGGGGUAGGCUGAAUUUUGCUAUUGGAAGUUAUGUUUCUUUUGGUCAUGAAAAUUAUUUCAUGGAGUCUUUGUAUUGUUUUGAUAUGAAAUGAGAUGAGGUCUGAAUUACUCUGAAGAAUUAAAUGGUGUUUAUUUUAUGCAGAAUUUUAAAUUGUGCAGACGAACCCAGAGGCUAUGGGGUGGGUCACCAGCUCUAUUUUGGGAAGUGUGCCCUCUGACUAGAGACUUUGGCCAUCCAAAAAUUUCUGAAUAAAUGGAUGGCUGAUGGACUUUUUUUUUUUUAAAGAUUUUUAAAAUUUAUUUAUUUGAGAGAGGGGAUGAGAGGAGAGAGAGAGCACAUGAGAGGGGGGAGGGUCAGAGGGAGAAGCAGACUCCCCACCGAGCAGGGAGCCCGAUGCAGGACUCGAUCCAGGGACUCCAGGAUCAUGACCUGAGCCAAAGGCAGUCGCUUAACCAACUGAGCCACCCAGGCGCCCCGAUGGCUGAUGGACUUUAAGAGGAGUGGAGUGUAGUAUUCUUUUGUAUAUGCUUCCUAUUCUGGGAUGGACAAAACAUACUUAUCUUACCAAACCUUCAUAAAUAUCUGUUAUUUGUGAAAUACUAGUGCUGCAUUAAUUCAGUGACUGGAGGAUGAGAAUUUGGGUUCCAUUGUGUGUCAACACAGUUGGAGAGAAGAGAACUGCUACCAGAAUAAAGAUGUGAAUGAAAAAGAGCAUUUUCAGACCCUGGGUUAAUUGCAGAAAGCUUUCAUCAUGAGCACAGUUCCAGGAUCUAUGUACUGCUUCUCAGUAUUUCCAAGUCCAAUUGUAAAGGUGGAUAGAAACCACAGGAAACAACAGGAAGCCAGACUAUUGAGGACUCAGACCUCCAGGAAUGAAGGUGUGUUCACUCCUGAGGUAGAGAACUCCAACCUGCCCUGAUUCUGGGAGAGAUAAGACACAGAGUUGGAAGUGGAAGAAGGAAGUCACAAAUCUCAGUUCCUGCCUGUGACCAAAAAUAGGAAAUGGACUGUAGUAGCUUUGCAUAUUUUCUCUUUCUUGUCAUGUAGAUAUGUCAUUUGUAUUAAUUAUCUAUUUUCUUUCUCCCUUCUUCUUACCAGUGUGAUUUUAUUCAAGUUGUCAGUGGUGAUAUUUAAAAUACAGUCUCUAAGUAAGAGAGUAGUCCAAUGAUUGUGGCUGGACUUAAGGAAUAAAUAAUAUAACUGGUCGAUUCAAUGCCUGGCACUGCCUGUCUCUUCCAUUUUGGGGAAAGAGUGAGAACUUUUUCACUUGUAAGUGUAGCUCUGUAGAUGAGUAAAAAUGUGGAGUUGUUGUGUUGUUAUAUGGAAGUUCCAGU